UCCGUCCACAUGAGGAAGUGGACCCUUUCACAAAUUGGUCUACGAUGUUCGCCAAAGGCUCUCAGGAAAGUUCGUCCUCGCCUCUGCUCAAGUUGCUCUCCGCCAUCUUUUACGCCGCAAGUUCUUUGCUGAUGACGGUGAUGAAUAAAACUGUGCUCACGAGCUUCAGGUUUCCGUCCUACAUGUGUCUCGGGGUUGGACAGAUGGUCACCACCCUUCUCGUCCUGUAUGCUGCCAAACUCACCAGGAGAAUCCAGUUCCAAGACUGUAGCAAAGGCGUUGUGCUGAAAAUUUUCCCUCUGCCUUUACUUUAUGUGGGGAAUCACAUCACAGGACUGGCCAGCACAAAAAAGCUCAGCCUCCCAAUGUUUACAGUUCUGCGGAAAUUCACAAUCCUGAUGACAAUGGUCAUGGAGUUCUAUGUCUUGCGGAAAACAUUUCCAAAGCGCCUGGUGUAUUGUGUAGCAGCCAUAGUCCUUGGUGCGAUGGUCGCCGCAAGUUCUGAUUUGGCCUUUGACAUGGAAGGUUAUACUUUUGUGCUUCUCAAUGACGCCUUCACUGCUGCCAACACUGUGUACACCAAGAAGAAACUCGGCUCUGAGGGCCUUGGGAAGUACGGGGUGUUGUUUUACAACGCCCUCAUCAUUGUCAUUCCCACUCUACUGGCCAGCGCCUUCUCUGGAGACUUGCACCAGGCUGUGAUGUAUGACGACUGGAUUGAAGCCACUUUUCUGACAUGUUUCUUCUUGUCCUGCAUCAACGGGUUCCUGCUCAUGUACUCGCUGGUGCUGUGCAGCCACUACAACUCCGCUCUCACCACCACAGUAGUGGGCUCUAUAAAGAAUGUAGUGGUCUGUUUCAUUGGCAUCGUUGUUGGCGAGGAUUAUCUUUUCACAUGGACCAACUUCCUCGGACUCAGCAUCUGCAUGUCAGCGGGCCUCGUGUACUCCUACUUGACAUUUGUUGACAGAACAUCUGGAGGCAACGUCGAAGAAACGCCGCAUCUGAAGAUCGAAAUACCUCAGGAGUUACCCUCUAGAUGACGAUACUGUUUACCCACUAGUUUUAUUCUGCUCCACAUUGGAGUCAACAUUUUAGAUUUUCUACUGUAAUCCAGUACGAACAAUUCUACUCCUGUUAUUUAAUGAAAUGGUGCCGACUGAAUAAACCACC